CACAUGAUUCCCUCUCUCCAGUAACAGUGCUUGCAAAAAAAAGGAGUUUUAAAGCUUUUGCUUUUUUGGAUUGUGUGAAUGCUUCAUUCGCCUCACAAACAACCACAGAACCACAAGUGCGGUGCAAACUUUCUCCAGGAGGACAGCAAAGAAGCCUCUGGGUUUUAAAUGGUUAAUCUCCGCAGGUCACUACCAGCCACUGAGACCAACCGAGUCAUUUGAGGAUCCAAGAAGCAUUUACACCAGAAGGUGAAAGCUCUGUGUGAAACGAGAGAGGGACUAUGGCAUCAAACAGCCUCUUCAGUUCAGUGACACCAUGUCAGCAAAACUUCUUUUGGGAUCCCAGCACCAGCCGGAGGUUCAGCCCCCCCUCCAGCAGCCUGCAGCCCGGCAAGAUGAGCGAGGUGAGCCCGGUGGUGGUAGCCCAGCAGCAGCAGCAGCAGCAGCAGCAGCAGCAGCAGGAGGCGGCGGCCGCCGUGCCCCGGCUGCGCCCCCACGACAACCGCACCAUGGUGGAGAUCAUCGCUGACCACCCCGCCGAGCUGGUCCGCACCGACAGCCCCAACUUCCUGUGCUCCGUGCUGCCCUCGCACUGGCGCUGCAACAAGACCCUCCCGGUGGCCUUCAAGGUGGUGGCCUUAGGAGAGGUGCCCGACGGGACGGUGGUCACCGUGAUGGCUGGCAACGACGAGAACUACUCGGCCGAGCUGCGCAACGCCUCGGCUGUCAUGAAGAACCAAGUGGCCCGGUUUAACGACCUGCGCUUCGUGGGCCGCAGCGGCAGAGGGAAGAGCUUUACUUUGACAAUAACUGUCCUGACAAAUCCCCCCCAAGUCGCUACAUACCACAGAGCUAUAAAGGUUACAGUGGAUGGGCCAAGGGAGCCAAGAAGGCACAGACAGAAGCUUGAUGACUCUAAACCUAGUUUGUUCUCUGAACGCCUCAGUGAUUUAGGGCGCAUUCCUCAUCCCAGUAUGAGAGUAGGGGUCCCGACCCAGAGCCCACGGCCCUCUCUGAACUCUGCACCAAGUCCUUUUAAUCCACAAGGACAGAGUCAGAUUACAGACCCCAGGCAGGCACAGUCAUCCCCACCAUGGUCCUAUGACCAGUCUUACCCAUCCUACUUGAGCCAGAUGACUUCACCGUCCAUUCAUUCCACAACCCCCCUGUCCUCCACCCGAGGCACGGGACUGCCUGCCAUCACCGACGUGCCCAGACGCCUCUCAGGUGCUUCAGAGCUGGGCCCAUUUUCAGAUCCCAGGCAGUUCACAAGCAUUUCAUCCCUCACUGAGAGCCGCUUCUCCAACCCACGAAUGCACUAUCCAGCUACCUUUACCUAUACACCGCCAGUCACCUCAGGCAUGUCACUGGGUAUGUCCGCAACCACUCACUACCACACCUACCUACCACCGCCCUACCCCGGCUCUUCCCAAAACCAAAGUGGACCUUUCCAGACCAGCAGCACUCCAUAUCUCUACUAUGGCACUUCGUCAGGAUCAUACCAGUUCCCCAUGGUGCCGGGAGGGGACCGCUCCCCUUCCAGGAUGCUUCCUCCGUGCACCACCGCGGCCAACGGCAGCACGCUCUUAAACCCUAACUUGCCCAACCAGAGUGACGGGGUGGAGGCGGAUGGCAGCCACAGCAGCUCCCCAACCGUCUUGAAUUCUAGUGGCAGGAUGGAUGAGUCCGUUUGGAGGCCGUACUGAGAUUGCUUCCGCCCGGCCCGACCACCGCGAGCCAAAAACAAACGGUCGACUAACUACAAAGUGCCUGGUUAUUUGGGGGUUUUCUUUUUGGUUUUUUUUUUGGUUGUUUUUUUUUUUUUUGAAAUAGAUUUUACCGAUAUGUGCAACUGUGUAAAUGGGAUGAUAAUGGCCAUAAAUAACACGAGAGUAACCAACACACCACCACAACCCAUGUUUCAGAUUAUGUGGAUCAAAGCACAUAUAUAUCUAUCUUUUUUUCUUGGAACCAUUUUACCUUGUUUUAUAUUUAAAAAGUACUUUUUACACACAAAAAGAUACCCCCCUUCCUUUUUUUUUUUUUUUUUUUUUUUUUUGUCUAGAGUUGUGAUAGCUAGUGAGUUCUUUUGCCAAGGAGGAGCGAACGGACUCCCCAGCUGUGAGGAGAAACAUGGUGAUGCAAGGCAAAGGCUGCGCUCCAUUUUAUUUUUCCCAAAAGAGAGCCAUGAACUCCAGAUACAGUUGCAAUCAUACAACGUACGGGACCCUGUUCACACGCGUAGUGCAAUUCAACCGGCUUGUUUUGGUGCACAUAAAAAGGCAAGCAAAGAUCAAGUUGCUUCCACUUUGCCAUGAUACGUUCAGAUGAAAAUAGCUGUCCCCAGAUUCUGCCCCGAGCCUUGCUGCAGAUGAAAGUUGGAACUUCUCUGUGUUCAUCUUCUCUUUUUUUCCUUUUUGUUUUUUUGCUUUUGUUUUGUUUUGGGGUACUUAAAGAGAACAAGUCUUCAAGUUAGGAUAGACAGCCCUGGAGUUUCCUUUUUGCUUUUGCAUCUAUUAAUUUUGCCUUCUUCCAGUUAACCAAAAACCAAAAAUAAAAACCAAAUCCUUUUAAAAUAAAAACAAAACAUUGUUACUUAUGCAAAAUAUGAAAAUGGCAAUAUAUAUUACUAGAGCCAAAAUGGUAUACAUAGUAUUUGUGUUCGGCUAUGUUCUUUUUUAUUUUUUUUUUAAAUUAUAAAUGUGUAAAAUUUGAGGUUGUUUGCUAACAUGAAUCAUCAUAUAACUUUAAAAGAAUAUUUAUAAUUAUUUAAUGACAUUUGGACCCUUUAAACGUUUCUUAAUGUAAUGAUAUAUUGACUUCGGUCUCUAAAAGUAUUUUUUUUUUUAUAAUUAUUACAUUUCUGCAAUGGUGUAAACCUCAAAGCUUUACCCAGCUCUGAAAAGCAGUUCCAGUGCAAACCAGUUUACAAGGUGAUUUAAAAACACAGAAACCAACCCAAACGCAUCCACAUCGAGUGCUUUUGCAUGUCGGACCCUUUUGUAUAACUUAUGAAGGAAAUAAUCGCGUUAAAAAUAUUUUAUUAGCUGUCUGGUUGCCUUCAACACAGUCUUGCCUUUUGAUCAGUAGUUGCGGAGACACUGGAAAAAUGAACGGUAGGAAGGAUGAAGUGGUUCCCACCCCUCACCUGCUUUCUUCCUCUCCCAGGAUUUUUCUCAAGACUUCCCGAUUUGAAAAUACGUUUAAAACAUUCUGUUUUGGCAACAUGCUUUGAACGUUGGCAGGUUUUUUUGAAAAAAAUAAAUAAAUCAGAGCCGUUCGCCACUGUGCUUUAAAAAUGCACGUCAGGUCGCAGCAUCAUGUUGCUCAGAGAUGGGAGGAAGGGUGAGCGGGCAGGAGCCCGGCCCCGAAGUCGCAGCCCCCUCGUCGAGACGUGAGUGGCUCAGACGUCCCCGCUCGCCAGUCCUUAGCAUUAAAUGCUAAAGCUAGAAACGGUCUUUGCGUUCGCUCGGCCUCGAGCCGAGCAUCGCGGCGCCCGCGGCCCGGGCCAUACCCGGUGCCGACCCGCUCCCUCUCCGUUAGCAGCUCCACUGCUAAGCGCCAGCGAGGUGACGUUAGCCUGGUGCAGCCCUCCGAUUUGUGCGAUGCCCUAAAAAAAGAAAAAGAAAAAAAAGUCUUUGCCUUCUAAAGGUUGUAUACCAAGUAUGCUUAAAGUAUAAGUAAGACACUUUUUCUAAUACUUAGGUUUCCUUCAAAGAUGGAAGCUGUAAUUCUAUUUAUUGGUGGCUGGUGGUGGCUUGAAGCGUACCGCUGCCCACUUGUUUGUACCUGUAAGAUACGUUUGUUAGUCUCAGCAGCACUUAAAAGCCAGUGUCUGGUUACACAUUUCAGUUUUUUCUUGUUUCUUUUUGUUUUUUUGUUUAGUAAGCAAGAGAAAAAGAUGUACUGCCAGUGCAAGCUGUUUCCUAUUUAAUAAAAGGUACUAUAUUUGUACAUUAUUUGUUAUUGCUGAGAAAGGCUUUUUAAGGUUUACUGUAUGCAUAUUAAGUAAUUUUUAGGGUGCUUUUGUGUUGAAAUGUCGUUAGAGUGGCUGCAGGCAGCAACCCAGAUUCUUCUUUUUUUUUUUUUUCGUUUUUUUCUUUUUUUUUUUUAAGACUUUGUUGUAAAAUUCAAGCACUUGUCUUUUGUUUCUGGAUAAAUCCAGCGUAGCCGGGAUCUGCGUUUCGCUCAGCCCCGACAGAAUCCGCUUUGUGGCCUCGCGUUUUUCGAAGCGGCCCCUUCGGGGCAGACGUUCACCCCCGGGUUUAUCGGGGGGGAGCUGCACGGGCUGACGCAGAAAUGCAUGGCCGAGCUGUUUGCAAACGCUUCCGAGUUUGCUUGGAAAUGCUCUCGAUUCAGGAUUUCAGGAGGAAAAAGGAAAAAAAAAAAAAAGAAACGUGUUAGGUAGCUCAUCUUAGGAGACCGUGUGACGUUUUGCGAGGUGCUUAGCAUCUCCGGAAAGGGGUUUUCCCAAAGGUACUACACCAGCCCUUCCCUUCGGAGAGCGGCAGCUUUGGCGCUGCUCGGAGAUCGAAAGAUUUAAAAAAUUGCCUUUGUUACUUUGCAGCUCUCUUGUCCUACCAAAGAUUUACUCCCCGCAGAACAGGGGCGCUGGCCCUUCGGCAGAGCGGAGGAUUUCUGCUCUUCCUCCCGAGGGCGAGCCGAUGCCUCCCGGGGGCAGCGCCGAUGCGGAAAGCAGCUCGGCGACCCCCCGGGCUCCCUGGGGUGCCACGGGAAGAGCCUUUCCGAACAGUCGGCCGCUGGGCAUCCCGGAGCGGGGGAACAUUUUGCACUUUGCGCCCGGCUCGCGGGAAAGCUGCCCCUCGGCCGCAGGGGCCGGGCGAGUCGCCCCGCCGGCAGCGCCAACGCCAGCAAUAACUCCCACCCGUGCCGGCCGGGCAUGCGACAGCAAAGCAGCCCAAUCCUCUGACCCCCCCCGCCCCGACUUUCUUAUUGUUUUUAAAUAUAAUGCAUUUCAUUUUAACAUUUUUCUGAGAACUUUUUAGAUGUUUGUUUACUUCCAUGUUUACAGAUAACUUUGCUUUUUUUUUUUUUUUUUUUAAUGCAAUACUUUUAAGUAUAUCAGCCAAAACCAUACUUUUACAGUAACUUUUGUUUUAGGUAAGAUGAGUGACAUUCCAUUUUUUUUUGUUGUUAAAUAUGCUUUACCAGUCUUGGAUUUCUGCUGGAACAAAAUAUUUGUAGCAUUUUGUGUAAAUACAAGCUUUAAUUUUUUUUAUUUUUUCAAACGCUGUCACCCGAGAUUUGCUUUUCAUGCACAUAUUGUACAAACACAUUCUGCUUUGUGCCACAGACGAUGAUUGUGGAUCAGUUUACUUCAACUUCAAAGGGACUAUUUGUAUUGUAUGUUGCAACUGUAAAUUGAAUUGUUUGGCAUUUUCUCAUGAUUGUAAUAUUAAUUUGAAGUUUGAAUUUCAUUUUCAAUAAAAUGGCUUUUUUUGUUAA